AUGUCAGGGGACGUGCAGCCAAGGAAACGUAAAGAUAAAAAGAGGAAGAAAGAUGAGCUAGGUGUAGAUGAAGGCCCUCGUGGCACGGCCGCAGCGCUUGGUGAAGGCGACGUGUUUAUGCAUUCUCCCAAUGACCAUGGCACUGGAGGACACUGGUGUGCCAAGAUCAUAUUCUUUUCAUUGCUCGCUGUACUUGUAACUCUAAUUGGACUGAUCAUACUGGAGAACAGAGGUCUUUCGGAAUUAGAAGCAAAUUCAGUAGAGUCUCGAUAUUCAGGAGUUCUCGAAGGUUGGUUGGAGGAUGCACCUGAUGAUGAUCACCAUGACGAACAUACUCUGGAACUGAAACAUCAUGAUGAUGAUGAUGAUGAAGAUCAUGAUGAUCAAAGUCAAGAACUAGAUCAUGAUGAUGAAGAUGAGGACCAUGAUGAUGAAGAUGAGGACCAUGAUGAUGAAGAUGAGGACCAUGAUGACGAUGACGAAGAAGGCGAAGAUCAUGAUGAUGAAGCCGAGGAUCAUGGUGAUGAUGAAGCUGAUGAUCAUGAUAAUGACGAAGGCGACGAUGAUAAUACACAUGAAGAUGACGACGACGAUGAACAAAAAGUUGCAGAAAGCGAUGAAGAUGGUGAUGAUCACGAUGUAGACGAUCAUGAUGCUGAUAGUGACGAUGAUGGCGAAAACGAAGGUGAUGACCAUUCCGCUGACGACGACGACGACGAUGACGAUGAUGAUGAUAAUGAUGAUCAACAAGACCAAGACAGUGCUGAACAGGAUUCAAAUAAAUCUAUUGAGGAUGACGAUGAUGUUAAGGAAAAUAUUGAAGAAAGUAGUGAAGAUAAUGAUAAUGACGACCUACAGAAAGUAGAUGAAAACGAAACGGCAGAAGAUAAUGAUGAUGAUGAUGACCAAAAUGAUGAUAGAAAUGAUAGUUUAGAGAACAAUGAUGCUGAUGGUGAUGAUGAAAGCAAUGAAAAUGAACAAGAUGACAAAGAAUCACGUGAAAACGAGGAUGAAGAAGAACACGAGGAGGAAGAAGACGAUUCAGGAGUUGAAGUAGAGAGGCUAGAGAAAGAAGUUUCUGAUGAAGAUGCUUUGUCUGAAGAAUCACCUGCGGCUGACGCCGAAGACGAUAAUAAGGAUGAUGAAGCUUCGAAAGAAGUGGCUUCCGAAGAUGACGACGGAGCUGAUGACGAUGGUGACGAUGACGGUGUUUCUGAAGAUGAAGAGUUUUUAGAGGCAGCCGACAUUGAAGAGGAACUGCCUGUUGUAGAACAUAUCGUGGCGCCCAAAGGAAAACCUUUAGUUGAGGUUGAAGAAGAACCAUCAACUGCAAAGCCAGUAGACACGCUCGCAGAAGAAGAAGAAUAUGAGAAACAACAAGAAGAAUUGAGAAAGGAGCAGGAACAAGCUUCUCACAAGGAUGGUGGGAACAGUAUAGAAGAUGAUUGGCCAGGAGAGCCAAGCGACCAGUACUGGCGCCAGCAACUCGACCAAGCUGAAGAAGAAUUGCGCCAGGGCGAGUGGAGCGCGGCCAGUAAGCGCGCGGGCGCGACGCAGCUGGCCGGCAGUGCGCGCGCGCGCUGGCUGCUGGCGCGGGCCGCCGACGCCGAGGCCGAGGCGCGCCGCGACAACAGACUGCUCACGCGAGCCAUCACCGCCUACCUCGACCUGCUCAAGAUGAACGAACGCCUCACUGACCACAAGCUACUGCAGGUCGCUCAUCGAACACUUGACAGAAUCCGAUUCAGAGGCAAUUAUCUGAGUGCUGAACCUGUCUACAGGCUUCUUAUUCGCCGGUUUCCUGAUGUUCCUGGUUACUACAACAACUUAACAAUAUCCUUCCUUAUGGCUAACAGGGCUGAUCUUGCAGAACAAGUUUUAAAAGACACUCUUAAAAAGUGGCCUGAUGAUCGAGUAGCUUUAGCUCACCAUGGCUUCGUACUGAAAACUCGACAUAACCGCCUAGAAGAGGCUGUGGAGGCCUUUCAAAAAGCUUUACAGAACGACACGGGUCCCGCAACCGAAUCUCGAUUCUAUUACCAUCUAGGAGACUCACUUCUCUUAUUGGGCCGAUACGCAGAAGCCCAUGAAGUCCAUAAACGAGGAGCUGCUAUGGGACACUUUUUGUCUCCUUCACAACGUUCACUAUAUAACGUUAAUCGUCUAAUAAGCCGUCCAUGGUGGAAUAUAGAGCAGACUCCUUAUACAAAACUGGCUCGCGCUCUUGAAAGAUCAUGGAAAGAAAUUUUGAAGGAGGGAGAAGCAGCUAAAGCUUUGUAUGAAAAAGAGAAGGAGGGUUUAAAGGAGCGAGGCGAAUGGUCGCAAUUAGACUUGUUUGUUAGAGGCCAAGAAAUUCCCAAUAGGUGUAAACGUGCGCCAGUCACGUGUUCGAUCGUACGCUCAGAAGUCGCUGCGUCGGGCUGUCGCCGUGGGCAGGUCAAGUUUAGUGCUAUGGAGGCGGGCACCCACGUGCGACCUCACGUCGGGCCUACUAACUGCCGGUUAAGAAUGCACUUAGGUCUCAGUAAUACCAAAGAUACUUACAUUAGAGUGGAUAAAGAAACGAGACAGUGGCAAGUAGGAAAGACGUUCAUGUUUGAUGAUAGUUUCGAGCAUGAGGUGUGGCACAAUGGCACGGGGACCCGUUUGGUUCUAAUCGUGGACGUGUGGCAUCCUGACCUUACGCCUGCCGAGCGACGCUCCCUGCCGCCCAUUUAG